CCGAAGACUGCAGUCAGUUUGCUGCAACACCGCCGCCAGUCUCACAUUGUAUCUCCAGAAGCGCAUUCGGACAAUGAGAACUCUGUUUGUCACUUCCAUUCUCCUGCUCGCCUUCGGGGUCUUAAUUUACGCAGAGACCACCCAAUGGGGCCGCCGUGUGUUCCGUGACCGGUUGCUCAGUCGAGGCACCAUCGCAAACAACUCGCUUCCGGUCCCGGUCAAAAGUGCCGUCUUUCAGUACUCGCCACCGAGGCUAGGAGCUGGCCGGUCACCGAACGUGACCUACAUUGUGGCACGGGAUAAUGUGAAAAAUGGCCGCGGCGGUUUGGCGACCCUCGUUUCGGGAGGCGUUAAUCGAACGCAGGCCACCAUACGGCUGACCUCACGACCCUACGGGGGCUUCAACUUUACCGUGGAGGUGUACGGGAAGUGAGCUAGUUCAAUAGCGCGAAAUACGGUUCAUAAACAUUUAUAUAACAUAAAAAUGGGUUUUGGAACGAUGCGGAUGUUUCAACCAACAAGUGAAGAAACAAUAAAUUAACAACAAUAAACCGAAAACAAACGGCAUAAAAGGAUGCUUUUCCGCUCUCGUUAUUUCAGACUCACAACGAUCCAAGUUUUUGGUUCACUCCAUGGGAAAAAUGGUCAAAAUUUAAAAUUUCUGCAAGUAACUAAUAUUUGAAAUUUUACCAAAGUUAAUAAAAAUUUUAAAUAUCAAAUUAA